AUUGAAAACCACUCAAAAACGAAACUGAAAGUAAACGCAUUUUAUUUGGUUUGUUUCACUUUAUUGCAGCGAUGCGACCAACGACCAACAGCUACAUUUGCAUAAACUUGUACAGCUGAUGGAAGCAGAGGAAGAUGUCCAGAGUGUAUUAACACAAGAGACCCAUGAGCUGGCAGACAUUCUGGGCUAUCAAGAUGAUGCAGUUCUCUCCAAACUCUAUAAAGUGAUGGACAGCAGAGCGCGGGAACGGCUCGUGCGCGCUGCCAGUCACAGAGAACGCAUCCUGGAGAUGUUGGGUUACUUCAGCACAGCAGACCCUGCUAUGUGCCGCCAAUUUCUUCAAAUGGUCUGCAUGCACUGCGACAUGCCAAUGCGCCUGGAAUCUCGGCUGAUGUCUGUGACCGGAUCUGUGACUAGUGAUCCUUGGCCUACACUGGCAAGAGAGGCCCUAUCCCUCUGUGAUCCAGAAGAAGUAAUUGAAAACAACAGCCAUACCCUGGUUGAUGAGUCUAUAGCAUCUCAAGGUUGGUGUGUAAAACGCCCACGAAUAGACCACGUAGAAAGCUACAAGGCUGCUGUGAGGAGAUUUCUACUGCAGAGGUGGGAGAGGGUGAUGCAGGGUGUGGUGAAGGAGGUUCGUCUGGAAGAGGCCUGGGUCAGUCUGCGCCACAGAACCCAUGUUAGACCCAGAGAAAGGGCUGAUGGAGCUCUGAGCCCCUCAGAGCUUCCACAGGGGGACGAGGAGGGGACUGUGGAAGACAGGGUGACUGUUCACUCCCUCCUAGGUUCGGAAGCCCAGGUCACACUGCUGUUAGGCCAGGCAGGGUCAGGGAAGACACUACUGAUGCACUGCCUUGGCCAGAAAUGGACACAGGACGCCUCUCCCUCCUUUCACCUACUGAUCCUGCUAGAGUUCCGCCAGCUCAACCUUGUGGCUCGGCCGCUCUCUCUGAAGGAGCUGCUCUUUCGCUUCUUCCUCCCACCAGAGGGUGGGGAGGAGGAGUGUACCGCUGUACUUGACUUCAUCCUUGAAAACCCUGAGAAAAUAUGCUUGAUCUUUGAUGGCUACGAUGAGUUUCACACUAAAAUAACCCACUCAGGGAAACUGAACAGCUCAUUUGACCCACUGUGCCCACUCCCCAUGGCAGAGCUGAUCUCAGGCCUGUGCAGUCGCAGAAUCCUCCCAGGAUGCACUCUGUUGAUUACCUGCAGGCCUCGGGAUGUGACAGACUUGGAGAGCUCUGUGGACUGCAUUGGGGAGCUGCUAGGUUUCAACCAGCGCAGUGUGAAGGAAUAUGCUGAACAGUACUUCCAGGACAAGGGUCUAAAUCUGAAGGAGAAGGCAGUGAGUCAUCUACUGGCCAACCACCACCUCCUCACCAUGUGUUACCUGCCAGCCCUCUGCCAUAUCUGCUGUGUGUGCCUGGAUCACAUAUUCUCCAGUGGUGGGUCUGAGCUUUUACCCCAGCUUCCAAACACCCUCACCCAGGUCUACCUCCAGAUCCUCUGUGCCUUUCUGAGCCGAUGCCCAGGGAGCAGCACACCCCUGUUGCAGAGUCACAGGGCAGAGGUCACACUGCUGGGCCGCCUGGCCAUGAGGGGCCUGGAGGGGAGCAAGAUUGUGUUCUUGUCUGAAGAGGUUCCACCAGACCUGGUGGACUUCGCCACUAAGGCUGGUCUCCUCUCACAGGUGGACCUGACCCAUGAGGAUGGAUCUAAAGGCCAGGGCUACACAUUCAUGCACCUCACCAUGCAAGAGUUUCUGGGCGCGCUACACAUCAUGACCAGCGACGACAUCACAGAGGCCCAGCUCAGGAAGAAGUUCAACCUCAAGACCCGCUGGACCACGAAAUCAAACCCCAAGACGGUUUUCACUGACUCCCUCCAUCUGUAUGUUUGUGGGCUUGCUGCACCAGCCUGCUUCUCUUACCUGCUUCAGCUUGUUCGGGGAGAUGGGGCUGUGGCGUGGGUGAAGAAACGCCUGGCACUAGUUCGCAAGUUGCUCCGAAGCCUGGCAAUGAGCACCAACCUGACUGGGCCCAAGGUGGUGGAGCUGUGCCACUGUGUCCAGGAGACCCAGGAUGCCCAACUGGCCAGGGAGAUGGUGGGGUCGCGACCCUCCUUCGAACUAAGGAACAUCACAUUGAACCCUGUUGAUCUGGAUGCCCUGGCCUUUGUCGUCUCGUCUGCUGGAGUGGGCAUCGGGUUGGACUUUGGAGCCUGUUCUAUGGAGCUGGAGUGUCUCGAUAUUCUACCCAGCUGCCAGCACAUCGACUUUCUAAUUUUUCGAAGCCGUAAGUAUGAUGACAGAUUUGCAGAUAAACUUUCUUGCAUCCUUCCCAGACUACCAACCCUGAAAAGAUUUGAGUUUAUCUGUGGUAACCUCACUGAUGUGGGAGCUGCCAAACUUGCCAGAGCCCUGGAGAGCUGUCCACAGAUCACAGAGCUCAAUUUCAGUGACAACAGCCUGACAGACAGAGGAGUCAGGGAGAUCGCUGACAUCUUUCCCAAGCUGCCCAGUCUGGCCUCUGUCUCGUUGGGGAAGAAUGGCUGCUCUCUGGAGAGUAUCUACAUCCUUCUAGAGAAGAUCACUUCCAGCCCCUCCAUCCAGGGACUCUAUGCUGAGGGAAUGAAGGACGUCAGUGUCCUAUUUGUCCCAAGCGUAGACAUGAAAUGUUCUAUGGAUAAAACUGGACUGACUGUCAGCCUGUUGAACUGCAGAUUCACUACUGACCAGAUGAACAGACUGUGUCAGUUGCUAGUGAGAUGUCCUGGUCUCUCUGUCCUGGAUCUCUCAGGAGCCGACAUCAAGGAUGAUACUCUCAAGGCCCUGACUGACUCUCUACAGGAGCUGAACAUCUCCAAACAGAUUGUUCUGAAUGAGAUUCCCAUAUCUGUUGAUGGGUUGAUGGUUCUGACCAGUUUCCUGUCUGUAUGUCCUGAUGUGGUUCAAGUGGACAUCAGCCUGCAGGACCCUGUGCGUGUGUCUAUACUUUUUGCUGGGGGGAUAGAGAAACAACAUCCUGAGAUGUCUAAGAAACUUCGUCUGAUUGGCUGUGCUCUUCUUCCCCCUCACUUGGACCAUCUGUGUGAGAAUCUGACGGACUGCUCUGCUCUGACUCUGCUGGAUAUUUCCAACAAUUCUCUGGGAAACAAAGGUCUAAAGAAGUUGUUAGACCUCUUACCUCAGCUUAGCAACAUCCAGGAAAUCAAUGUCAGUGAGAAUGCAGUUAGCAUGGAAGGGGUGGUGCUGCUAGCUGACACGCUCUGCUCACACAGGAACAUGAGCGAAGUGAAUGUCAGUCACGGGGGGAAGAAGCUGUUCCUGAAAUUCCAUUCCAGUAAAAGAAUACAAUCAGAAGCACUCAGGACCUCACCAGAUAUGGAACAGGAUAAGAAACUCAGUCUAACUCACAGUGAUAUCCAGCCCACUGACAUGACCAGGCUGUGUAGAAGACUGGUACAGUGUCCCGGCCUACUGAAGCUAGAUUUCUCCCAUGGAUCCCUGAAGGACGAUGCCAUUGAAAAUCUAUUGAAUAUCCUGCCUAAGAUGACAUCUCUUCAGCUGCUCAAUAUGAGCCAUGUCCAGAUGUCUACGGACGGAGUGUUGUUAUUGGUCAGAUCUCUGAUAGACUGUCAGCGUGUCAGAGCUGUGGAACUCAGGCCCCAAGGAGAAGCGUUCAUCAAGUUUGUCAACAUGAAAGCAGAACAAGCAACUUGCAGACUCACCCAGUACACACUGAGCAGUGGGGAUGUGGAGAAACUCUCUGGGAUCCUGGAGCAGUGUCCUCAUUUGUCUGACCUGGAUUUAUCCAGUAACCUCCUGAGAGACGAGGGAGUGAAGAGCUUUGUGGAUUCUCUGCCAAGGCUGCGGAUUGCCAGCUCAGUGAAUCUUAAUGAUAACAGACUGACCCAGAUGGGGGCGCUCUACCUGGUGAACACAGUGAUGACCUGUGAGAAGGUGGCUGCAGUUGAAGUCAGUUUGGGAACUGAGGAGAGGUCGGUCAUCCGCUUUGAACAGGACAGUGACUGUGGCAAAACUCUGAGUCUGAGAGAGUGUCAUUUUGGGGCUGACCAUCUGCAGAGACUAGCAGAGAUUCUGACACGCUGUGCUGCUCAGUUGGUCAAGCUGAGAAUAAGAAACAACGGACUGAGUGUUCAGGUGAUUGAAGACUUGGUGAAGCAGCUGAGGUGUGGUCACGUCCAACGCUACAUCAGUAUUGAGGAGCCAUGGAUCACAGCAGAAGCAGCUGUAAACCUGCUCUCCUGCUGCUUGAACCUGAACCCCAACAUACACACCAUCGGGGUCAAUAAUUCCACUGUACACAUUACUUUGGAAGAAUGCCAAAAUCCCACUGCUACCAGUGGUGGCACUUCUACAGACAUGUCUGGCUCUCUGUCUACGGUGACCAUAAGCCUGGUAGACUGUGCAGUGCAAGGGCACCACCUAGUGUCUUUGCAGACUGUGUUCCAGAGGUGUGUUCUGCUACAGGAACUAGAUUUGUCAUACAACAGCAUUGGUAGAGUGGGAGCAGAGUUCCUCUGCUCUGUCCUACCAUCCUUAGCUAGUCUGCGGAAACUCAGUCUUGAAACAAAAGAAACCUCUGAAGAUGUGGUAUUGCUCCUUGCCGAGGGGUUGUUGCAGGCUAAAAGCAUUGAGAGCUUGAAUUUGUCUGGUCAUAUGAUUACUGACAGAGAAGCUGUAGCUCUGACCAGAACACUCCAAAACCUUCCUCAUCUCAGAACAAUCAAUCUGUCCCUCUGCUAUGGUUGGACACCAGCAGGGGCCUUGGAGCUGGUGAGAGGGCUGGGACGGUGCCUCUCUCUGGAAGGGAUCAGCCUUGACUCUGUACAGCUGGAUGAGGAGAGCACAGUGUGCCUGGCCCAAGGUCUCCAUGCUAUGACCUCCUUGAAGAGGCUGAAUCUGAAUAAGAAAGUUACCAUGGUGACUGGAUCCCCAUGGGUGGGGGCCACUCUGGUCCUGCUGGCCUCUCUGGAGGGGCUCAGAGGGAUGGAGGAGCUAGAGUUGGAUGGGAUGAGGAUUUCAGAUAAUGGAGUGGAGGAGCUUAUCAAACACCUGCCCACCUGGUCAGGCCUGAGGAAGAUCAGCCUGUCAGGGAACUGCAUCAGUGACCAAGCAGGAGAGAGGCUGGUCCAGGCCCUGACAACCUGCACAGCACUGGAGGAGCUCAAUCUGUCAAGGAAUAAUCUCAGCCUUGCCUGUGCUGCCAAGAUGGGACAAGUUCUGCCCACUCUCACUCACUUCAGGGUUCUAGAUCUCUCAGAGAACGAGAUUGGUACAAAAGGAUCUGUCAGUAUCUCCAAAGCCUUGAUCUCCAUGAAGUAUUUGACAAAGAUACACUUGACCUCCAUAGGGACUUCAGAGCUUGCUGGUCUGGCUGACAGCCUGGCUCACUGUGUCUGUGCAGAGGAUGUCAGUUUUGCGUGGAAUGAUUGUGGCGAUGAUGUCGCAGUGAAGCUUGCCGAGGUUUUACCACAAUGCCAGAAGCUAAGGAGACUUGAUCUAGAGUCUAACAGUAUCAGCACUAUUGGAGCAGAGGCACUUGCCAGAAGCUUACACUCUUGUCCAUCAGUUGAAGUGAUCAGACUGUGGAGGAAUUUUAUUUCUACCAGUGAUGCCCAGAAACUGAGACAGAGGGAGAAGAGGCUCAACUUCUCCUCCACAUAGUCUAAGAUCUAAUCUCACUCAUUCAGUGUGUCAGCAGAACAGUAAACUUGCACUUUUAUUUUUGUUUUAUGCACUUAAAGUUGAUUUUGUUUACAUGUCAUCAAAUUCAAACAAACAAUAAUAUCAUCCAGGAGGAGGAGGAACAGUGAACCUUUAUUCCAACCCUGGUAAGAGGAUAUAAGAGACAAAUCUCCCUUUAUACAUCUUCCUUCCUCUUCCUGGACAAUCGGCUCAUAGUCUCUUUCCACUCUCGUAUUUAUUUCUGGAUUAAUUUUGAAUCAGGAAUUUAUUGAUUGUUUGUGUUUUGCUAAAAACAAAUAUCCACCUCAGGUAGAAAGUGUGAGCAAAUGACAAACUAAUAACUCAAGUUUAUGCUUCAGGUGUUCCCGCUCUCUAUCUUGGUUUGUAAAACUUGAACUAUUUAUGUGAUGUUGAUCUCUCCCCAAAUGUUAACUAAGCAUUGAGGUAGAGUUGAAAUAUUGUUUUUCUGAUGGAAGCCACUGCUUGGUGUGAUUUUUAUUUCUUACACUUUAGUUCUCUUGCACUGCUGGGUUCUAAUGUCACUGCUCAUGGUUCACUGUUAUGUCAUUAGAUGUAUUUCUGCUCAUCUGCUAAUUUAUUUCUUAUUCCUCACACUUGUUUUUGUAAUGUUCAUGUUUUAAUCUCACAUGCACUUUGGUCUAAUAAAGUGUGAGACGUCUUUUUCAUAUUCCAUGUAAAUAGGGAUUUUCUUUAUCUGAACAUACCUCUAGAUGGCAAUAUACUCAACAGGAGGUUAUAUUGUUAAUCAGUAGGGGAAAUAAACUGGGUGCCUUCAUU